AUGUCUGACUUCCCUCCCAAGCCUGUUGAUACCAUUGACUGGAGCAACGUAGGCUUCAAGAUCCGUGAAGUUGCCGGACAUGUAGAGUCACGCUACUCUGUCGAAACCGGAAAAUGGACAGAGCCAACAUUCGUCGAGGAUCCGUUUCUGCGGAUCCAUGGUAUGGCACCUGCCCUGAACUACGGCAUGCAGUGCUACGAAGGCAUGAAGGCAUUCCGUGCGCCCAAUGAUACCAUCAACAUCUUCAGGCCGAACAUGAACGCCGAGCGCAUGCAGCACUCGGCCUCCUACAUCUCGAUUCCCGGUGUACCUACAGACCACUACCUCAAGUGCUGCACUCUGGCUGUGGGAAUGAACGCAGCGUAUGUGCCUCCUCACGAGACAGGCGCGGCCAUGUACAUCCGUCCAUUGCUGUUUGGUAGCUCGGCGCAGUUGGGCCUGAACCCACCUCAGGAGUACACAUUCGUGGUUUACUGCAUUCCCACUGGAGUCUACCACGGAACAAACCCUGUCGACGCUCUCAUUCUCGAGGACUUUGAUCGGGCGGCACCUGAGGGAACUGGCUCGGCGAAGAUUGGCGGCAACUACGCCCCUGUUCUGCGACACAGCGAGCGGGCGUACAAGGCAGGCUAUGGCAUUACUCUGCAUUUGGACAGCAAGACUCGCAGCGUGGUCGACGAGUUCUCCACAUCGGCGUUCAUUGGUGUGAAGAAGGAUGGCGACAAGGUCAAGCUCGUUGCGUCCGGCAGCAAGAAUGUCAUCAAGAGUGUCACUGGAGACAGUGUGCUCAAGAUUGCCGAGUCGUUCGGCUGGGAGACAGAGUCGAGAGAAAUCCCAUACGAUGAGAUCAAGGAGUUUGAUGAGGUGCUGGCCGCAGGAACUGCAGCAGCUUUGGUGCCUAUCAAGUCGAUCACCUUGGAGUCAAAGAACGACAAGAUUACUUUCCCUGCGGCGGAGAACGAGCCGGGCCCAGUCUGCGUCAAGCUGCUCACCACACUGCGAGGUCUUCAGCAGGGCAAGAUCGAGGACAAGCAGGGCUGGCUGUACAAGGUCGAUAGGCCAGAGCAGUUUGGCAAGACUGGGACGAGCGGCGAUGCCAAGAUGGUCGGACAGUUGCCUUGA